AUGACAUCAUAUGCAAUUUUUGAUAAUAUCAAUUUGGAAAAGAAGCCAAUCGUCGAGAUUGGAACUUUCAACAUAAAAUGUCCUCCAAAAACUAUUGCUGAGGGACUGGUUAAAAUGGGCACAAAAUGUUUGGAUUUUAUUGAACAGAGCGUAGCUUUUAACACCUUUCGUAUUGAAAUUACUCCCGUUAAUGAUCAAAAAUUGGAAUGGGUGUAUAAUUUGCAGGUACAAACCACCACCUGGUUUGAACAUCUUUGCCAAAACUUCAGCAAAAAUGAAAUAAUGGAAAUUGCAAGAAGUUAUGUAAACAGCGUUAGAGAUUCCUAUUCUCCUCCACCACCUCCACGUAAAUCCGAGAAAAUUUCUGUACCUUCAAACAAAUAUUGCGAACAUCACGCAGACUGCAAUUUUGAACAUCCUAUCAGUGAAAUCGAUCAAGACUGGCGAAAUCCUCGACCUAAAAAAAAUACAUAUUUAAUAUGUUUUCAUGAACAAAAUCCAAAUUCUGAUAAAUGUUAUAUUUCAGUACAUUGUCCAAGUAAUGUUGACCAACCUAUAAUUUUUUGCGCUAAAAGUUUGCCACAAAUGAAUCGUACAAAUCAUUUUUGUAACUGGUAUGCUGAAAAUGAACGAAUUGUCUUGGAGAAUAAUGGCUGGAUUGUUUUAUCACAGCAAGAUGAUGUUCGCGAAGUGCUCAUCUGCCCUCACCCAGCUAUAGGCUACGAAAAUGACACAAUUCCACCUAAUUAUCAACAGAUAAACCACAAAAAUAACAGAGAACUUAUUAAAGACUUUACAUUUUGGAAUUGGGUGUUAGAAUAUUUCUUAAAUACUUAUUUGACCAAAGAAAUUUGUGAAGACAGUAAACAAUGUCCAAUAGAGCUUCUUGCGUUAAAUUUCGGAAUUUGGAAAGCCGCUGAAGCAAAAGAUAAACGAGCAAAGGAGUUCCACGGGCACUUGCAUGUACAUCUCACACGUUCAGCGAUUGAUAGAUUUGAAAUUAAUGAAGUAGAUGCCAUGUACGGAAAAAUAGGUAUACCAAAACAAUAUUCGAUCCAAGAUUGCGAAGAGUUGGAAUCAAAAUAUUUAUUAAAUUUAGAGAUUAACAGGUUACAACAAGACAUGCGAGAUGUCAGAGAUUAUUUAGGUGAAUUGAAUGAAAAAAUGGAUCAUAUUUUGGGACUGAAACCACCUUCCAUAACCACCAUGUCUAUGGAACAAUUUUUGCAAAAAUUGGAUGAUUUCUACUAUGACAGAAAUAAUAAUUUUAUGAGUUACUUAAAUUCCUUUCAAGAACAUGGGAUUUCCGUUGUAGAUAUUGAUUAUCUCAAAGAAAAGGAUUGGAUUGAAUUGGGUGUUGUUAAAAUUGGAGAUAGAAUUAUAAUGACUCGAGAAUCAAAAAUUGUUUGUACUAGUUGA